AUGUGGCUGAACAAAGACUUAGAAGGCUUGAUCUGCGCCUGUUGUACUUAUUUAAUUUUGUUUGGAGUCAGCUGGGCUAUCAAGAUUAUUGCAAUAUUCCCUCUUGGAAACGAAAAUUUUAUUGACCCUUCUUUGUGGAGCAAUAUCUAUUCAUUUUUUCUUAUAAUGGCUUCUAUAUGUCACUUGAGGACUUUACUGACAGACCCUGGCUCAAUUUCUAAGGAUUCAGCCAUGGAAAAAAGUAUAAAUCCUCAGACAGAAACUUGUGCGAAAUGCCAAUGCUUCAAAAGUCCUCGUACACACCAUUGUUCGACUUGUGGAAGGUGCAUUUUAAAAAUGGAUCACCAUUGCUCGUGAGUGAAUAAUUGUGUAGGACUUUAUAACCAGAAGCAUUUUAUUCCCUUUAUUAAUAAAUUUAAUAGUAAAAAUUUAUAUUAUACACUUUUAUAUGCAAAAGGUAUAUAUUAUUUUUGUUUUAUGUCUUGGUUUGCUGCUUGUUUACGUUUGUUGUUUUCUUUUUAAGAGCAACAUAUUGCUUGUGGCAUGAUGAGGCGAAUUUGUGCAAUAAAGAGAGCUCAGAGGCGUCAUUUGAUAUUACCGUUGGGAGUUUGGUUUUUAUUUUUACAUUAUUUUUCAGCUUGUUUGCAGGAGUCAUGCUGCAUGACCAGAUAAGCUGCAUUGCUAAUAAUACGUCUGGGAUUGAUAUACUCAAAAAAUCAGAAAUUGAGAAAAGAAGCCCUAACUUUCUUAUUGGGACAAAGCCCACCAUUGCGAGCGAGUAAAUUUUUUUUAAAUUUUAACAUAUAAGUGAAAAUGAAAUCUCUAGCGAAUCCAGUUGAAUUUUAAAAUUAAUAAAAUAAUUGAUUUUAUUUGCCAACGGGAUUUUUUAAAAAAAUCAUAUUUAAAAUUUUCUAGAAACAUUAACUCUCUGAGAAUGCAAAAUAAUUUGCUCGCUUAUGAAAGGAUGGGUAAGGAGUGCUUUGAAGAAGUUUUUGGAGGUAAAUUCGGGUUUAUGUGGCUUUUGCCAAUUCGAAACAAUUUUAAUCAGUGUUCUGAUAAGAUUAGGCCUAAUGUGCUGGUGAAAGAAUAA